AUGUGUACGUUCGAACCCACGGCGCCCGUGCGUUCGUGCCGCCCUCCGACGCCUCGCCCCAAGGUCCCCCUCCGACGCCUCGCCCCAAGGUCCCCCUCCGACGCCUCGCCCCAAGGUCCCCCUCCGACGCCUCGCCCCAAGGUCCCCCUCCGACGCCUCGCCCCAAGGUCCCCCUCCGACGCCUCGCCCCAAGGUCCCCCUCCGACGCCUCGCCCCAAGGUCCCCUUCCGACGCCUCGCCCCAAGGUCCCCCUCCGACGCCUCGCUCCAAGGUCCCCCUCCGACGCCUCGCCCCAGGGUCCCCCUCCGACGCCUCGCCCCAAGGUCCCCCUCCGACGCCUCGCCCCAAGGUCCCCCUCCGACGCCUCGCCCCAAGGUCCCCCUUCAGCGCGAUCCCCCUCCCCGCCCGGCCCCGAGAUGUGUCUACUUGCAGGAGUGUCAUUGGCGGGAGUUCGAUGACGAGGAUGCUGGCGCUUUCAUGAAGGGGAUUAAGGUGCCUGAGGUGAGUCGGUUGUGGAAGCGAAGGGAAGUCGCUGAAGGAGGCAGGAUACGUGUACAAGGGAUGGGAUACGCAUCACAGAAGGCAGGGUCUGGUCGAGCUGUCCAGGCCAUGACCUUCUAG